ACUAUAUGUUUCUUCUGGAGAUAGUUUUCACGGAGGAAAUUGCAUGUUUCGCCCUUCUAAUGGGCUGGUCUUUCAUUUUUGUCCUUCAAAAUCGCACUUAUCCCUAGCGGGGCAUAAGUUCUUUAAGGCGCGGGGCAUAACUUGUGGGAUAUUAUGAUGCGAAAAUAUAAACUUAUGCCCCGCGAAAAAAGUUGUUUGUCUUGAUGGGCAAAACUAAUAGACCACCACAAAAUUGAGGCAAAAGUGGAAAUGACCCGUUUCUUGGGAUUUAUUGCAGGAUUAUUUUAAUUAUUGGUCAUAUUCUGCAAAUUUGUAAAUUUCGUAUUAGCAUUCGGGGUGAGAGUUUGUUUAUUAAGAUAGACUAAUUUUCUGUAUUUGUCUGGAACAGAUGAAUGUAGAAAAGCUACGUAAGAUGGCCGGUUCGGUUAGGACCGGUGGUAAGGGAACCAUGCGAAGAAAAAAGAAGGCUGUUCACAAGACAACUACAACAGAUGACAAGAGACUCCAAAGCACCCUGAAAAGAAUUGGGGUGAAUGCUAUUCCUGCUAUCGAAGAGGUUAACAUUUUCAAGGAGGAUGUAGUUAUCCAAUUUAUUAACCCCAAAGUUCAAGCCUCUAUUGCUGCAAACACUUGGGUUGUUACUGGUUCCCCUCAGACAAAGAAGUUGCAGGAUAUUCUUCCUCAAAUUAUUCACCAGUUGGGCCCUGAUAAUUUGGAGAAUUUGAAAAAGCUAGCGGAGCAGUUCCAGAAGCAAGCACCUGGCGCCGGGGCGCCUGAAGGUGCUGCUGCAGCACAGGAGGAUGAUGAUGAUGAGGUGCCGGAACUUGUGGCUGGUCAAACCUUUGAAGCAGCCGCUGCUGAGGAGGGUCACACUUAAAAAAAAAAAAAAAAAAAUUAAAUUUUGUAUCAACCCUCCAACUCAACGUUUUGAAUCCUUUUAAUUUAGUUGAUUGUUCUAUUUUGAUUUUGAUUGUGACAACUCUGAAGUACAUCAAAAUGGUUUUGCUAGUAAGCUACUUUGGCCUUCUAAGAGCUGAAUCUUUGGAUUA